AAAAAUCUGAUUAUUAAUAAAUUAUGUAAUGAAUUUGGUUAUAAUAUCAGCAUAAGCAACAUAAGUUCUACUCUCUUGGAUCAUUUAAUUGUUGAUGAUGAACACAAACUCAUAUAUUGCUAUGUACCAAAGGUUGCCUGUACAAACUGGAAGAGAAUUCUUUUAGCUUUACAAAAUGGUAAUAAGAAAAAUCUCCUAACCAUAAGUGGAAAUGAAACACAUUCUUAUGAAUUUCUUACUCUACAAAUGUUUUCCAAAGAAGAAAUCUUAAAAAGACUAAAUGAAUACUUAAAAUUUGUUUUUGUAAGGCAUCCUUAUGAACGCCUACUGUCAGCCUACAGAAAUAAAUUUGAAAAAAUUUACAGCACUUAUUUUUGGAACAGAUUUGGCCGAAAAAUUAUUAAACGAUACCGACAGAAUCCAGAGAAAACAUCCUUAGAUAAAGGACAUGAUGUAACUUUCCAAGAGUUUCUAAAUUAUGUGGGCGAUUUAGAUCAGACAAACAACAGAAUAGCUUUUAAUGAACAUUGGAGACCAAUGUUUGAUCUAUGCUUCCCUUGCAGCAUCAAGUAUGAUAUAAUAGGUAAAUAUCGGACUUUGGAAGAUGAUGCAGAUUACACCCUGUGGCAAGCAGGACUGACGGAAAUGGUUUUUCCCCAGAGGGAUGCCAGCUAUCGUUUCCAGCGAUCUUCUGAUCUGAUGUCCACAUAUUACCGCAACAUAUCUCAAGAAACAAUAGGAAAAUUAAAACAGAUAUACAAGAAUGACUUUGUACUAUUUGAAUACAAUGAUUUUAUAUGAUUAUUUUAUAUGUAUAAAGUAAAUUAAGAUACUGUAUUAUUGUUAAUUAUUCAAUACUUUUUAAAACCAAUUUAUAGGUGUUUACUGUGAUAAUUAUCACAAGUAUUGAAGUAAAUGAAUGGUAAUUGUUUAACUACUGCUAAAAGAUACCUCCUUUUCAAGAAUAUCUUAUAUAUACUAUAAAUGAAGAAUUUCUCUCAGUAAAGAUAUGUAUUGUGGGAGCCAUUUAAUAUAAAUUAAUAGGAUGUCUCAACAGGUUUUUUAAUAUUUAUUUUGCAUUGACUUCCAAAGUAUCAUAUUUGCUAGUAAAAAAUUGCAUUUUUAACAAUACUCAUUUUAUUAUUUGUUAAAAAAAAUUGGAAAUAUUACCAAAGAAUUUUUAUAUCUAUUCUAUAAUGUUGUUACUGUUAAUGUGUAAUAGUGUAUUUAUAAUAAUGUAGUUUACAAAUAAUUUAAGAGAAGACUAAAACUUGGCAUAUAUUAAAAUGUCAGAGAUCUUUGAAUCUCCAAAAAUUUAUUAACAUAUUUACGUUAAAAUUUUGUUACCACUGGUAUCUACAAUUUUUAAUAUGAAGUCAGUUGAAAUUUCAAUGAUUUUUUUCUAUUUUGAAUGAAAGUUAAUUAAUCAGAUGAUGAUGAUGAUUUGUGAAUUUUUUUAAAUAAGUGUUGAAUACUAACAGCACUGAAAUGUUUAAUGUUUCGGUAAAAUUUCAGUAACUUAUGUCAAUCUUUCUAAGAAUAUUUUUCAGUUUUGCCAGUUUGUUUUUGGAUAUUACUUAAAUUUAAUAUAUUUAUGAAUCUCGGUUGUUAUAUUUUAUAACUCUAUUCUUAAUUAAUGUCAUACUAUAAAUUUUUAUGGUAACUUAAUGAAUUUCAGUUUAUCUUUGAUUGAUUGUUAACUUGAUAACAAUUUCCUGUUUCUUGAUAAGUAUUAAUUGUUAAAAAAUUUACAAUAAGAUUAAUUUAUAUAAAUAUAAAAAUUCUGGGAGAUGCACUAGAGAAUAGAAAGAAUAACUUUUUCAAAAUUUAAAUUUGCUUAGAAAGUUUUCUUCAGUUUAUAUUUAGCUUAUAUUGAUACUGAUUUUUAAUUUAAUUUUUUCUUACCUUUUCUUAGACUAAUUCUCCAAAAAUAAUCAUGUCCAAAUUUUGAAAUAAUGAAAAAUGUUCUAUAUUAAUAUUUCAAUUAUUUAUUAAACACCAAAAAUCCUGAUUCUACUUCAUUAAUUCUUCAUAAAGAGAAUAUUAUUUAAUUUGAGACUAUAAAAUUUUGCUUAUAAGUUUGAAUUUGCAUUUGUUAUAUCAUAUAGAAAACUUAAUUUUGUGUUACAUAAAUGUGUUUAUUAAAAACAUUAAAAUUGAUUAUAUCACAUAAC